CAGGCCCACGCGGCACCGCCGCUGGCCACCGGCUCCUUUGAUUUCGUCUUCCUUUCCCUUCUUCCUUCCUUGUGGGAUACGCGGGCGGAGGCGGCGCUGCAGUUGCUGCGAGAUCUCCGUCCACCCUUCCCCCCAACCGUACUCCACCAAACCAGCGGGAGCCUUCCCGCAGCGGGUUGCGUCAGAUUCCGGCGACGUGCCUCGUGCGCAUCGACGCCCGGUUUCUGAUUUAAAGCUCUGCUCUGGCGGCUGACCGCACACCUUGCGCCCGUCGACCGAGUUCAGCUCCACCUCCUGCUCCGAUCGAUCGAGAAUGUCAAGCCUCGAGGAGCCGCUUGGUCUUGGAGACCUGCCGAAGUUGAGUAUUAGCAGACUUGGAAGCUUCUCCCAGCCAAGUGCUUAUCGUAGGGCAGCGGCUGAUGACCGCAACACUCGCGAGUACAACAACUCCUGCAAUGGUGGCGCUCCGAUGGUCUUCCAUGCCGAUUCCCAUGCAUGGCAUCAGCAAUGCCGUCAGGCCGAUUCGUCAGUGGAGCUUAGAGAUCUCCCUCGGAAGCUUAUGUGGGAUCUACCAAGCUUUGUGAAGAUUGUUGAAGUUGGACCCCGAGACGGCCUGCAAAACGAAAAGGGCAAUGUACCAACAUCUGUAAAGAUACAACUGAUACACAAAUUAGUGGCUGCAGGUCUAUCAGUAGUUGAAGCCACAAGUUUUGUAUCCCCAAAAUGGGUGCCGCAGCUAGCUGAUGCAAAGGAAGUCCUCAAAGGAAUCCAGCAGAUGCCAAAUGUGCGGUACCCUGUGUUAACUCCUAACCUCAGAGGAUUUGAGGCUGCUGUUGCAGCUGGUGCAAAGGAAAUUGCGGUUUUUGCGUCUGCCUCUGAAUCCUUCUCUAAGUCGAACAUUAACUGUACCAUUGACGAAAGCCUUGUUCGGUACCGUGAUGUUACUGCUGCUGCCAAGAAACAUGGACUCCUUAUCCGUGGGUAUGUUUCGUGUGUGAUUGGUUGCCCUGUUGAAGGUGCAAUCGAUCCAUCAAAGGUGGCAUAUGUAGCGAAGGAGCUUUAUAACAUGGGCUGCUCAGAGAUUUCACUUGGCGAUACAAUUGGUGUUGGUACACCAGGUACUGAAUGUUCUUGCCAAUGCUUACCCUUUGCUCUCAGUUUUUUUUAUUGGUAUGUUGAAACUGAUCCAGGCAGCAACUCAUUGAGACAUCCCUGUUCCUUCUUCCUUGUUGUGUUGUCUGUUUCAGGUAGUGUAGUUGCUAUGCUUGAAGCUGUCAUGUCCUUCGUUCCAGCGGACAAGAUUGCCGUUCAUUUCCAUGAUACAUACGGCCAGGCCCUUGCCAAUAUCCUAGUAUCCCUUCAAAUGGGGAUCAGCAUAGUAGACUCCUCAGUUUCAGGCCUCGGAGGCUGCCCCUAUGCAAAGGGCGCCACCGGCAAUGUCGCCACUGAGGAUGUCGUGUACAUGCUGCAUGGCCUGGGGAUAGAGACCAACGUCGACCUCAACAAGCUCAUGGAGGCUGGCGAGUACAUCUCCAAGCAUCUAGGAAGGCCACUGGGCUCCAAGACUGCUGCCGCUCUGCGCAAGCUAACCACCUGAGUCCCUGAAGAUCAUUUCAGGCACUCCCAAAAGCAUGUAUAUCAGCUGCUGUCAUCACACGUAUUUACUUAUACAGGUCGUAUGAAUGUCCGAAGGUCUUGCUUUUGUUUGUAUUUGGGUAAAAGUCGCAGAAAACAUGGAUCUACGUAAAGUUGUACUCUAUCCUUUGGUGAUCCUGCAUAGUCAGGACAUCAUGGAGGAAACUGUGUUCAUAGAUACGAGUAUAUGUAACGGCAAAUCUAUUUGGGGCACUCUGCACAGUUCUCCAAAUGUAAUUUGGAGCUCAUUGUGUACCCAUGGAAACGUGUAUGAGAAUCUGAUCUUUGGUAGCUUACCGUUCUUCCA